AUGGCUACUAUUCUAAUUGACAACUACGACUCUUUUACCUGGAACAUUUACCAAUACCUAUGCGAACUUGACGCAAAAGUAACGGUUUUUCGCAAUGACCAAAUAACCAUUCAAGAAAUACAAGAUCUUCAACCUGUAAAUCUUAUAAUUUCACCGGGGCCAGGUCACCCCUCCACUGAUGCCGGCAUUUCGCGAGCUUCCAUCCAACACUUUGCUGGUAAAAUACCGAUAUUGGGCGUUUGCCUUGGCGAACAAUGUAUAUUUGAAGUGUUCGGUGGAAAGGUAGACUACGCGGGUGAGAUUGUACAUGGAAAAACCUCGAAAAUUAAACAUGACUCUAAAGGGAUAUUCAUUAAUGUGCCACAAGAUAUCGCUGUGACACGAUAUCACUCUUUGGCCGGUCAACCAGCGACAUUACCUGAGGAGCUUAUUGUCACUAGUUGGUCUGAGAAUAAUGUGAUCAUGGGAGUAAGACACCGUGAAUACACUAUUGAAGGUGUUCAGUUUCAUCCAGAAAGUAUUAUCAGUGAGCAUGGAAAAACUAUUCUAAAGAACUUCCUUGAACUUCAAGGCGGCAAAUGGGAAGAAAACCCAACUUAUAAUGUCGAGAUUCCACUUGCUAAAGCCACAAUCAAAGAACAAGCAGUUCCUAGCAUUUUGGAAAAAAUACAUAAGCAACGAUUAGAAGAUAUAGAAAUCGCUAAAAACACACCAGGAUUAACUCCUUUUGACUUGCGGAAAUUAUUAUCAUUACACGUUGCACCUCCGUUAAUUGAUUUCUCUUCGAGGAUUAAACAGACUUUACCGAAAUACCCGGCGAUUAUGGCAGAAGUAAAACGUGCUUCCCCAAGCAAAGGAAAUAUUGAUUUAUCGGCUAAUGCGGCAGAACAAGCAUUAGCAUAUGCAAAAGCAGGCGCCUCUGUAAUAUCUGUUUUGACUGAGGGAAAAUGGUUCAAGGGCAGCCUAAAUGAUCUUCGUCAAGUUCGUGAUAUAGUGUCUACAAUUCCUAAUCGUCCCGCGGUUUUACGUAAAGAUUUUAUCGUUGACACUUAUCAAAUAAUGGAAGCACGUAUCUACGGCGCAGACACCGUCCUGUUGAUCGUUGCGAUAUUGUCGGAUCAACAACUCAGAGAAUUGUAUAAAUUCGCAAAAAAUCUUGGUAUGGAACCAUUGGUGGAAGUAAAUAAUGAAGAAGAAAUGAAAAGAGCGGUAAAUCUUGGGGCUAAAGUAAUCGGUGUAAAUAAUAGAAAUCUUCAUAGUUUUGAUGUGGAUAUGCAGACAACUUCACGUUUAGCCGAAAUGGUUCCAAAAGAUGUAAUUUUGGCCGCAUUAAGUGGCAUAACCAAACGUCAGGACGUGAUCGAAUAUCUUAACCAAGGUGUCGGUGCUUUAUUAAUUGGCGAAGCGCUAAUGAGAGCAGAAGAUAAACGUGCAUUUAUUCAUGAAAUUUUAGGGUUAGAACAAACACAAGCGAAUGAUGCUCUUUUGGGAAUGCCAAAUAGACCGCUAGUAAAAAUCUGUGGUGUUUCAACUGUGAAUGCUGCAUUGGAAGCCGCGGAUGCGGGUGCUGAUUUAGUUGGUCUCAUUUUUGCAAAAUCAAAACGACAAGUAUCACUCGAUCGUGCUUUGGAAAUUAUGACGGUAGUCAGAGAAUUACAAGCCGAGAAACAAAUCAAUGACAUUAAUCGAUUCACCGAAAACAAUCGUAACGAUUUACAGCAUACUUUAUCUGGACACCAUGAUUGGUUUAAAUUGCAUGCGGCAAGGAUAAGUCGCGCACGUAAACCUUUAAUAGUUGGCGUAUUUCAGAACCAAUCUUUGGGAGAGAUCACUUUUAUUGUAGACUUUUUGAAGCUUGACCUUAUACAAUUGCACGGCGAUGAACCAUUAGACCUUGCCAGAUUUUUACCUGUCCCCGUGAUAAAAGCCUUUCAUGUCGAUGAAACAUUCUCGAAUCCAAUUCUCGUCACGCAACCAGGCUAUAAUGCUUAUUGUUUACUAGACACUAAAGUAAACGGAUUAACAUCGCAAGGUGGGUCGGGUGUUUCAUUUGAUUGGAAUAUGGCGCUAAAAGUGAAGCAAAGUGCUGGGGAAGAUUUCCCGCUAAUUCUUGCAGGGGGAUUGACGCCCGAUAACGUUAAAGAUGCUAUUGAAAAAGUAAAACCAUUUGCUGUUGAUGUUUCUAGUGGGGUUGAGACUGAUAAUGAAAAAGAUCCGGUAAAAAUAAAAAAUUUUAUAAAAGCGGCAAAAUCGGUAGUUUACGUUACCGAAAAUUGA